AAAAGCGAUGAUGGAGAAGGGUCCGCAGAUGGUACCGACGACCCUGUGGAUGGCAUCGGCCGCACUUUUCAGAUGUCGGUACUCUUUCUUCCACCAUCGACCAUGUCCCCCGUCAUCAUCCUCACUGGCGCCUCUCGUGGCCUUGGUCUUUCCGUCCUCCGCAUCCUCCUCGACACCCACAACGCCAGAAUCGCCACCCUCUCGCGGUCCCUCACUCCGGAGCUCGAAGCGGCCGCCAAGGAUUAUCCUGGCCGCGUGCACCCUGUCCAAGGCGAUGUCGGCAAACCAGAGGACAAUGCUAGGGUAGUCAAGGAAGCUGUAGAGAAGUGGGGCCAGCUGGAUGGGCUCAUUGUCAACGCUGGCAGCAUAGACCCUGUUGGCAAGCUUGGUAGCGUCUCUUUGGACGCCUUGACGCCGUAUAUCCAGACCAAUCUUCUUGCAAGCAUCUACCUGAUCCAACCUGCCCUUCCUCAUCUCCGAAAAUCGAAAGGUCGAAUCGUGCUCGUGUCUUCUGGUGCCUCUUCGACUGGAUACCAAGCCUGGGGCUUGUACUCUAUGGCCAAGGCCGGUAUGAACAGUCUGGCUAGGACUUUGGCUAGUGAAGAGAAGGAGAGUGGAGUGUCUACUUUCGCCGUCAGACCGGGAGUUGUGAACACUGAUGUAUGCGCCCAAUCCACUGAAUGGUACCACCGGAAAAGCUGACAUUUCACAGAUGCAGCUCUUCCUCCGUACUCAUGGCCCGGGUGAGAUGAGUGACACCGACAUGGCCAAGUUCCAAGGAGCUUACGAGAAGGGCGAACUCCUCGCACCCGAGCAGCCUGGUUCUGUGCUUGCUGGUCUUGCUGUCAAGGGCCCUGCGGAGCUCAGUGGGGAGUACAUCAACUGGGCAGAUGAGAGGUUGAAGCAUCUCCAGCUAUAAUCUUACCGUUGGACGUCAACUCAUCAGAUAGGCAUUAUAUGAUUCGAAAAUAAAUUGAAACGUGGUCAAGUGAUUUACCCGUGUUGUUCGAU